CUUAGGAUUCCAAAGAUUGAGUUAGGCGAAAAGAAAAAUCGAAAAAAGGCGCAUUUCGCAAACCAAAGAAAAAAAGGGUAAAUUGCAACGUUAGUCACUGAUAUUACUAAAAACGUUCAUGUUUAGUCACUGAAAAUAUUUAAUUCCAUUCAUGGUCACUAAAUUUAGUAAAAUCGUCCAAGUUUAGUCACUCUCCGUCCAACUCCGUUAAUUUUGUCUGAUGUGGCAGUCAACUCUCAAAGUUGACCGUUAAAUGUAUGACGUGGAAAUAAAAAAUGAAAAAUAAAAAAUUUAAAAUUGCCACCUCAUUUAUCACUACCGCUAAAAUAAAAUAAAAAUUAAAAAAUUAUUAAUUCUAAUUCUCUUACUCCACCUCACUACCGCCUCCACCGCAUGGUCCUACUCCUACAGCCCCUCCCUCUUUCUUCUACUCCUCCUCUCUUGUCCUCCGCCUCUGUCCUAGCCUCUACUCCGUCCUCCGCCUUUGUCCUCUCUCACAUAGUCACCGCCGCAGUCGCCGCCGUAUGCAUCGAUUCCAUCGAUUCAGCGCGUUGCUCCCACCAAUAUCUGCUAACCUCUCCACCACUCUUCUGAACGGCCGACUCUGUGAAGGAUGAUUAAUUUUUGAAUGCUUGAACGCGGCUACGGCUGGGCUGUUGAAUCGAGGGUUUUCCGAUUACGCUUCUGUGAAUGCUAAUUGGGACUUGACGAUGAUCCCAAUAAUCAUCUCGAUUUGGUUGGUGUUGGAUCACCGACCCUCCAUCUCCCGCUGCUCGCUAUCGCAUCUCCUUCGUCGCGGCCGGGACUGGGGAUUUUUGAAGGCCAGAAUCUCGAGUGGCGAUGAGAGAAAGGCGUGAGGUUAGUUUGCAGGGGUGGUAAUCGCCGUUCUCAAAGCGGCAAUCUAAAAGCCUAAAGCAAAUCGAUUCCCUCUCUCCGUCGCUCGAAUCCCUCUCUGGCUCUCUCGCGUCGGAUGCAACUGAAUUAUUAUUGUUAAUAUGAGACGCGCCGCCACCGCCGAAAAAUGUACUCGCCAUCGAUGGGUUGCCGAAGCCGUUGGAUGAUGCAAAGGAAGCCAACUGAUCGUACGACGGUCGGGGAGGGUUGCUCUGCUGCUUCCACGUAGAACAGGGGCUUCAUCUGGUUGAUGAUUUGGAACUGGCCGCCGCUAGGGUAUUUCGCCACGGGGGUUGGGGCAGGUAGCAGGUGGCAAGGAGGGUUGGUAGUGAGUUGGAAAUUUUAAAAUAUUAAAUAUUAAUUUUUUAAUUGCCACGUGGCAUAUUUAACGGUCAAUUGUAAGAGUUGACCGCCACAUAAGCAAAACUUAACGGAGAUGAACGGAGAGUGACCAAACUUGAACUCUUUAACUAACUUUAGUGAUCACGAAUGAAAUUAAAUAUUUCGAGUGACCAAACAUUAACGUUUUUUGUAAUCUCAGUGACCAAUAAUGCAAUUACCCCAAGAAAAAAAUGACACAAUUUAACCUCUAACCCGGUACCUUAUAGAGGUCGGCCCGGCAGGUGCGUAUGGCCCAUUUUUCUCACCAGGUCAGGGUCAAAGUAGGUUGACCCGCGGGUCAACCCGCAAGUUGACAGCCUUGGUUGCAGACAAUAUCGGAAUGUGAAUUAACUUUACAGACUACGGAGGCAAUGAAAAGUGCAUGUACAAGUACAACAAAGUGUAAAAUUGAGCUAAUUCAAUACAGAUUGAUCAAAAUGAAGCAGCCAUUUAACAAUACAAAGGAGUUCACAACCAACAUAGCUACCAUCUAUAAUUACAACAUCACUUCUUUCCGGUAUGGAUAGGGCGCUAAUGACAGCAAACGCACCAACGUGGCAUUCCAAACGCUCAAUUCCGAAGAGGAAUUUUAUUCACCAAUACAUGUCGACAACCUGGACUUGAUCUUGAUGAAUAUUAUCCGGUACCAGUUCUUGCAAACCCAUAUCCCUUCGAUAAACUGAAAGCUAGCAAAUUGACAAACAAACCCAACCAUAAAGCAUUCAUGAACCAGAAGCCACAACAUGGAGCCACUCUGGGUAGAGACGUUGACAGGGCUCCGUUCUUCGCUAGAUUUGAACCAGAAACAAACCCUUACAGCGAGACUUCAUGUUAAAAAUACAAAUUAUUUUAUCUGCUCAGAAUAUGAAUGUCUCUUCUCAUUGACUUUCUGUGAAAAUCUCUGAAGUCUGACAUGUGUUAAUUUUGAUUCAUUACUCAUCAACGCAGAACAAAUAUGGAUUCAAAAACUCAGUAGGCCAAAAAAAAAAUUCAAAACUACAAUCAGAAAAAAAUUGCUAAGUAAAAUCAGAGCUCUCAUCACAACUUUGAAAAGUAUGUCUGCUCAUGCAAUUGUCAGAAUAGCGUAUAUUGCCCACUAGGGGCAGGUAAUCACAGAGCCCACAAAACAGAGAAAGAACAAACCUUUGGAAUCAGAUGCAGAGAGGAAAAGACUUAAAAUGGUGAAGAGAUCAGACUAAGAGUAAAAUUAAAUUGGAUGUCCGUCACGGUUAAAUCAGAAACACGGACCAAUUGUUCUUCAUCACAUCUCUCCACCAUCAAAAUCAAACGCCCGGAAGAAAAAUUCAAAACAAAAAAAAAAAUGCUAACAGAUUUGAAUAGUUGGCUAUCAUCAGAGACUUAAAUACAUCGGUAAUCACCGGAGAUAUUUCUCCGAUCAUAUUGUUGCAGUAUUUUUCUCAUCACCUGACCGCUCAAGAACAACAACCCAAACACAAACGGAAAACCAACUGAGAGCGGAGAAGAGAACCCAGUAUCGAGAAAGGAAUUAAAAUGGAAUCUAUCAGGAACACAGCAGCUCCGGCGAUCGGAAGGAAGCACGAUAAAAUACUUGGGGAAAACAGAAAGGAGAAGCGCGGCAGUCUGCAGGGAAUAGAUGGAACCAGGAACU